AAAGGAGGGCAGGGCCCAGGAGGGGCGGGAAGUCACAGGUCCACUCGUGGGGCCCUGGAACCACCUUGUCUCUCUCUGGGCCUGCUGCAACAGAGGCCCCAACCCCCGUGAGAGGCAAGAGGCUGGACUCUUGGCAGCUGGCCCAGGGUGGGGGUGGGCUGGGUCAGAGCCCCAGGACGUCAGCGGUCAGCGGGACCGUUCGCCUUCUCCGCCGAAGCAGGGACGUGGGAGCCGUGCGUCCUCAGGUGCAUCACCACCGGGACAGGAAGAGCUAGCUGGCAGCCCGCUAACUGUGUGUCCCUUUGUGCAAUUCCAGUCAGCCACAGCCGACCACGGUCAGAAAACAGGCUGACACUGGCCCAGAGCCGUCCCUCCCCUGGACAGGAUGAGAGUGUCAGGUCUGCUCCGUCUCCUGGCCCUCAUCUUCGCCCUGGCUGCCAUGCUGAUCUUCAUCCGCAGCAACGUCAGCUCCACCAUGAAGACCGUCCGUCUGCCUCGCUGGCUGAGCUGGACCCCCACGGAGACCCGGGUCCCAGCGACCAAGUGCGGCCUCAGCGAGCCCUGCCCAGAAAACUUCUUUGCAUUUAAGAUCUACAGCGGGGCCGCCAACGUCGUGGGCCCGUCCAUGUGCUUUGAAAACCACACGAUCAUGAGUUCUGUGAAAAACAACGUGGGCAGAGGCCUGAACCUGGCCGUGGUGAACGGCUCCACGGGCAAGGUGGUGAAGCAGAACUCCUUCGACAUGUACUCGGGAGAUCCCAAGAACCUGAUAAAUUUCCUUUUAGAGAUCCCACUGGGCACACUGGUGCUGGUGGCAUCCUACGAUGACCCAGGGACCAAGAUGAAUAAUGAGAUCAGGGAGCUCUUCUCCAAGCUGGGGAGCUCCUACGCGCAGCAGCUGGGCUUCCGGGACAGCUGGGUCUUCUUAGGGGCCAAAGGCCUCAAGAACAAAAGCCCCUUUGAACAGUACUCGAAGAACAUCCCGGAUAAGAACAAAUACGACGGGUGGCCGGAGCUCCUGGAGCUGGAGGGCUGUGUGCCCCGGAAGGUGUUUUAGACUGGCUGUGCUCUUCCUGGGCCCAGGACCUGAACAAGCGCCUCCUGACCGCCGAGCCAGCCUGGGCUGCAGUGAGCUGGGCUGGCGGGUGCGGAGGAGGAGCAAGUGGCGUGGACAGGGCUGCUGGGCCUCACACUGUGGCGGGCUCCCCUCCUGGACCACGAAAGUCUCCCUGGGGCUGGGGUGUGCUCCUGGGAGAGGAGCAGCCUUGGGGUCCUUCUGGGGCCACGGAGAGCACAGGUAUGCUUUGUCAGGGACUGCCGACAGCCCAGAAAGGACAGACUGCCCACAGUGAGCAGAAUUAAACGUUUUUUAC